UGUCUGUGUUGUCGACAGGGACAGGACGUCCACUGUCUGAAGUGAUGUGCGAGAGCUGUACAGUGAUAAAAAUUGCACAGCUUUUAUCAGCAGGUUACUUAAGAGUACAUUAACGCGAAAGGACAUUUAACAGAAGCCAACGACACCGCCGACGUUAGCUGUCCUGUCUGUCUUGAUGACGAAGGAAACGACGAAGUAUUCUUUUAUGUUUCAUGGAUAAAUUGAUGCUAAGUCCUUCAUCGUCGGUGUUUUUCAGGAGGAGAGAGAUGUAUCUUGUGGACUUCUUGACGAAAAGGACGGAUAAUAAGGCCUUUAGAUGAACAACAGUCCCUUGUUGACAUUUGUUAAGAUCUUCUCAAGCUAACGUUGACGGUAGACUAGCUCGUGGAUGUUGGCUAGCAUCGUAGCUUAGCAGAUAUAAGAACGCUAAAUUAUUCAGUGUCACUAUAAAGGCAAUCUUAUUUCCUUGUUAUUAUUGCUAGUAUGUUUGCACACACAUAUGUUGGACAGCAGCUAUGACGCUAGGUGCAGCCUUAGGGUUAUGUCACUGUCAGGCUAGCAGAUAGCUCGGUGCCUCCAGCUCCUUCUGUAUGUUUGCAUGUCUACCAGUACUGGCAUCAUGUAGACGAUAUUUAUGAACGAGUUAGGUGACUCUAAGAAGAGGAAUCCAAAGCUGGUUUGCAGCUAUCCAACUGGGUCACAGCUGGCACUGAUACACUUUAGCUCGGGAUUGUUGCUAGUCAUGCUUAAAGCCGUCUUCUCUGUGUGAUGUGCAAACCUCCGAAUUAGAGGGCAUGUGAAUGCAUCAUGUCCUGACUGCAUCUUAUUUAUGCAAUAAGUUACAUCAGAACACCCUGUCAUGAAUUAAACUCGCAGUGCAAGAAGAAACGACACCAGUACUGAGUGGAUUAUUUGCUUCAGGAUUAUUUUUUGUGAAGGAGAGCAACGCAGAGUCUUAUCUAUCCACCAGUAUCAGAGGGACCAUCAUCAGCUCCUCAUAAUGGAGACAGUGGGUGAUUUUGAGUACAGCAGAAAAGACCUGGUUGGACAUGGAGCCUUUGCUGUGGUGUUCAAAGGAAGACACAGAAAGAAGACAGACUGGGAGGUGGCCAUCAAGAGCAUUAAUAAGAAGAACCUGUCCAAGUCCCAGAUCCUUCUUGGCAAGGAAAUCAAAAUCUUGAAGGAGCUACAGCAUGAAAACAUUGUGGCACUUUAUGAUGUCCAGGAAACACCCAACUCUGUUUUCCUGGUCAUGGAGUACUGUAGGGGGGAUCUUGCCGACUAUCUGCAAGCCAAGGGGACCCUAAGAGAAGACACACUGAGGGUUUUCCUCCAGCAGAUUGCCGCCGCCAUGCGCAUCCUCAACAGCAAAGGAAUCAUCCACCGUGACCUGAAACCACAGAACAUCCUGCUGUCAUAUGUGGGACGCAAGAAGUCCAACAUCAGUGGCAUCCGCAUCAAAAUAGCUGACUUUGGCUUUGCACGGUACCUCCAGAGCAACAUGAUGGCGGCCACACUAUGCGGGUCACCCAUGUACAUGGCCCCAGAGGUCAUCAUGUCCCAGAAUUAUGACGCCAAGGCUGACCUGUGGAGCAUCGGGACAGUCAUCUACCAGUGUCUGGUUGGAAAGCCACCUUUCCAGGCCAAUAGUCCACAAGAUCUAAGGAUGUUCUAUGAGAAGAACAAAAAUCUCCAGCCUAUCAUCCCAAGGGAGACUUCGCCACAGCUCAGCGACCUUUUGUUGGGGCUGCUGCAGCGGAAUCAGAAAGACAGGAUGGACUUUGACACAUUUUUCAGCCAUCCUUUCCUGGAGCCAUCAUCCACUAUUAAAAAAUCAUGUCCAGUUCCAGUCCCAAGCACCUCCAACGCUGUGACGGACAGUUCCUGCGGCAGCUCCCCAUGCAUCCGUUACAACUCCCCUCCUUCUCUCCCGGACAUGCAGACUCUAGCAGAAGACGGCUUGUCAUCCCCUCCACUGGGUCCUCCCAACUUUCUUCAGCUGUCCAAAGAGUCUGCAGGAAGCACCAGCAGCAAGAAUUCCUCCUGCGACACCGAUGACUUUGUCCUGGUGCCUCACAUCUCCACUGACAGCUAUGACCAGCCAAUGGCAGCGGGUCGCCGACCGUCCAGUGAGUUCCUCAUGUGUGGAGGGUGAGUGUAUUUUUGGCAAAGAUGUUUCAUUUGAAAUUUUCUCCCAUUUGUUAAAAUUAAGAGCCUAUGAAGAGUGCGCUUGUAUAGAAUUUGAUGAUGAGAAGCUAAAAAG